GCAUCUCUUAUGACUCUCAUGGGGCAUUUAACGCUUUCCUUUUCGUCCUCUUGCAUGUUGUGGACAUGUUGCAUGUUGUAAUACCAACGGCGAGAGUGAUUCAGUGAAAAGGCGUUUUGUACAACUCGGAGAAGCAAAAACUACUACAGCGCGGUGCAUAUAAAUUUCAUUUUACCUUUAAUGAGAUUUUUAGACGGGUCGUGUGAAAAAUUUAUUACUCAGUCCGAUAUUUGAAACCGUCCUACAUUUAUUGACCUCUUGCGUGACAAUAAACUCGUCGAGUGAUUUCCCUGUGAAACAAAAUGGCGUCUGAUCACGUCGUGGCUGGUUUCCCAACGAUAAACUAAAUCGUUUCGGGAUACUUGGAGAUGUUUUAAAGCUAUUUCGUCGCUAGGGGAUGGAGUAAAUUUGAGAUAUGUCUGAAACAGAGGAACCUAAGAAAAAGUACGCGAGACUUGAAAAUACUGACGAGAACGACCAGGUUAGUAGUUCAUGGUAAGGUACUGACGUGGAUAAUUUAAGGUGCUCCUCAGAUGGGGUCCUGAGCGAGGGAAUGUGAUAGUGGAGCUAAGUAGAAAACUAUGGGUAACGGGUAGGAGGGUGUUUAGUUAGUGAUUUGAGAGAGGGCCAACUGUUAUUUAUAGAGAAUAAAGAAUAUGGAGGUGAGCUGCAGUUACUGAUCAUGAUAUGCAACUACAAUCGAAUACUGAAAAAUUUCAGACUUCAGCAGGAUGCAAACCCGUGCCCCGCCAGAACGUUUUCUGCUAUUUCUUUGAUUACAUUUCAUUUGCAUCAUCUGCAGAUCAAAAUUUGAUUUAUUCAAUUUGAUUGUAUUGCAAUCAGUUUCCUUAAUGGGUGGCUUCUUAGCUCAGGCAUGUGUUUUCCUGUAAAAGCCCAAUUUUUUUUUUUCAGGCUGCCUUACGGCAGUUCUUUACUUGAAGCUCAACAAUAAGGAAUUUUCUCUACUUCAAUAUUUUUAAGCCUUCAUACAGAUGCUUGGUCUCACUUUGAACUUUCUGAGCCUUUAGCCCUUUAACUCCCAGAAGUGAUUAAAAUGUAACUUCUCCCUUUGAUAUCCAUACAUUAUCCAGCAAACAGAUAGUGAGAAUACUCAAACUCAUCAGGUACAAGAAAUUACCUUGAUUGACCACCAAAUUCUCAUAACCAAUUUACAAGAAAAUGUCUAGCAGCUACAGGGAGAAUUAACAAUCACAUCAUAGGAGUUAAAGGACUAGCCCCAUCUGUCCAGGAAUGGACAAACCCGUAACCCAAACCAUAGAUUUUCAGAUCCUCAUCCAAUUUUUUAAUCUUCCUUUUUUGCACUUUCACUGAUUGCAGCUGCAACUGCAAGAAUCAUUUCUUUACUUUUAUGGAGUGUACAGUUCCUUGUGCUACACGGCAAAACAGCACCUGUUCAGAGGGUUGGGAAGGGGACACAGUAGUUCUAAAACAGCAUUUUUAUUGAAGUGUUCUUUUUCAGGAAUAUGUAGGGAAAACAUUACUAGAACAGCUAAAUCAUCUACAAAAGGUUCUGACAACCAUUUUAACUGAAGCACGGCAAAAUGCUGAAGAAUCAAUGGAGGAGUUUGUUGCAGACAAAGUGUGUAAAAUGGGGGCCAUGAUUGGACAAUACUUUGAUGCAUUUCAAACACUGAAUGUUAUGUCAAGAAGAGAUAUAGAUGAAGAAGUUGCAAAGGUCUGUCAUGAUAAAUCUAUUCGAGAUGCAGCUGACGAACUCUUUCAGGCUGAGGACGAAUGGAACUCUUUCCUAGAAGAAACAGAUGCAAAGAUAGAUCCUUUAUGUAAAGACAAGGCAAAAGAAUUAGUAGAAGGCUCACAUGGUCCUUGUGAUCUGAAACUUAUUGAUGUUCACACAGAAAGGUUGGCAAAAUGGUCAAUAAGGUGUUUGCUUAUUGUGAUGUAAUUAUUUUAACUGUGUAUUUGUCAGAAAGCCAGCAUUUUCAUAGAGGACAUGAAAAAUUAUCCAUUUAGGCACUAAUAGUUUUCUGAAGAUGUUCUAAAUAUUUAAAAGAUGUCCUAAAGAUUUGGCUCAAAUGUAUCCAAUGCUAUGCCCUCCACAACUUAAGGUUUAAAAUUAUGAUUUGGGAUGAUGAUUUAGGAUUAAUGGAUUUAGGAUUUUGCAUUAUUUUAUACAAUUAAAAAACUUGGGUCUCUUAUGCUGUCAUGGCUGAAAUGUCACAGUUGGAUGUGAGAAAUUGAUUGGCACAUAUGAUUUGCCAUGAUGUCAGAGUUUUCAAUCCACAAGCAUGGGAGUUGGCAGUUACUUAUAAAUACCUUCACAAUCUUUUCAUUGAAUGGUUUUACUUAGAGAGGUGUGCAAAUUUUGUACCUGAUUUAAAGUUGAAUUAUCAAAGUAAGUGCAGCAUGGUAGAGUAGCUUCAUUUCAACAUGUCUAAUAAUUGUAGCACAACCUAGAUAUGUUGUAGAAAAAGACUUUUUGACAUACUUUCAAAUGCUUGCUGGAACAAUUUUAUACCUUACCUAGCUAUGAGGACAUGAAUGUUUUACUUUUCUUCCCCAUUGUUAGGGAAUUCUCCAUUCAGGAUUUGCUAACGUCCACAUCUACAGUUUUUAUACUUUUGCGCCACUUUGCAUGACUGCCAUGACGUGACCAUGUGGCCCAAGUUGAGUCACAAAAGACAAAAUUUGAGGCCUUGAAUGGAGAAGUCCUUAUUAUUAGCUUUGGAAAUUUGGUGAGUACAUGGAAAUCUUGUGCUACUAACUUCUUGGUUCUGCAGUUAUCUGUAGUAAUCAACCAACUAGAAGGGUUGCCCAGUAGUUUUGGCUUGGGAUUUUACAAAGUUUGGAUUUGCUUUCCUUUUUUUUUAUGAUAAAUACAAAAUAUUUUUCGUAGAAUCCAAAGGCAGAGGUUUCAGUAUUAGGGCCAGGCACUAAGAAAACAGGCCAUCAAGGCAACUUUGCCAGGGUCAUUGUCUUUAUGUAAGACCAAGUUUUAGGAAUGGGAUACAAAAAAAUAUUUGCAAACAGUUUGCAUGAAAAAAAAAUUUUUUGAAAAUUGUUGAAUUUCUACUUAAAUAUUGAGGUGCAAGUUCGAGGCUAGUAGAAGGAGCACCCAUGGAGAAAGCAUGUGGAGUCAAAAGGAUGCAUACCAGCAUGUGUCUCCCUUCCACAGCUUGUGUUGUGAUUGCCUUUGCUCCCUGAAAAACUGUAAUUGUCAUCUCCCAUGUUUCAGGAAGGAGCAAAAAAAUGGCUUCAAGAUACAAACUGUGAGUUCAGGAUGUUUGUUGACCCAGAACGUCAGCUGUACAAUGCGCUUGGUCUGAAACGCUCUGUGGCUAAAGUUUGGAGUAUCUCUGCCCUAGUUUACUAUGCAGAGCAGAAGCGUGCUGGCAGGAAACUUGUGGCCAUGUUUGAUGAAGAUGACCCCACCCAGAUGGGUGGAGACUUUGUGUUCGAUAAAAAUGGUAAACUUGCACUAAUCCAUCGCAGCAAGGUCUCCACAGACAGACCCUCAGUGGAGAAUCUUCUGAAGUGUGUUAGGGAUCUUAGUGUGCUUAAGAAUAAAGAGAACAGUUAAAGUGGCUCUGUCACCUUGCCGUUGAGAUAUAAUUUUGCUUGUUUCUGCUAACCAAGAGCCUUGAAUAGGCCACACUGCAGCUGUCAGUAGAUCCAUUCUCAUGGUAAUUUAGUGUGUUGUUAGUGGCAUUUUUCACCGUGUUGACUGCUUCAUAAGGAAGCUUUCGUGAACUUUUGUUCAAUUGACUGCAGCACUGUUUAUUAGCUUAGUAUAUUAUAGAUGUGAAAAUAUCACGGCUAAAAGCACAUACAGUUCAUGAGUACAUGGAAGCUGAGAAUGAUAGCCUUGACUGAAACAUUCAAUGAAGUCACUGCUGGAAGGAGAAGCUUCAUAUAUGAGCUGUUAAGCUAAAAAAGUAGGAAGAGGAUUAUUGUUUUGAUGUGCAUUCAUCUUUUACAAGGUUUUUAGCGAUGUGUAAGAAUAAAGAAAUAGAUAGUGUUAGUAAAGUAUUGUACUCGCUGUAUUGUGAGUAAUUUGAAAUUCUGUUCUGUGAGUUUUUUAAAAACAGAAACUGCUAGCAUCGAAAGUACCAUGCUGAUUUUAACGACUUUUUAUGCGUGUUCUGUUUUGCCUUUUAACCGUUCCUGCGAAGGAUUGGACGAAAGCACUGCACUAAGGUAGUCCGGACCCUUUGCAUCUGUCCAAGCAUACCCCGCGGCCUUCACGAUGACAGCUUUCCCCGAAAUAAGGUCAUCCAUCGCAUCUUGAGUAGAACUUAUUAGUGAGACACGAG